CAAGGUUCCUGCAGUCGCAAUCUAUGUUUCGCACGGGAACCACUCGUGUUUGGUGCGCAUUAGACACCCGGUGGAUACACGCAAUACAACAGCAAGAGGAGAGCCGCUGAAUCUCAAACAGGAAAGAAUGCCGCCCAAGAGGGAUUUGACUGCCGCACGCCUGCGCCGCAUGGGUGCAGACGCUGCCAACAUUGACACACUCAAGGCCGACAAGGCGCAUGCAGAGCGGCUGGCUUCGCUUGCAGCCUCUGCGAGCUCACGCAGUGCCGCCCCUCUCCCACCAGGCAAGGGCGGUGAGGCGCCCAAGCCCGCCGCACCUGCUGCAGCGCCAGCCAAGGUUGAGAAGUUCCGUGCCAUGGAUGACUUCAAGAGUGACGAGAUUGACAUGCAGAAGGGCGCCACAGUCUUUGUUGUCGGUAGCCCCGACGCAAACAACCAAGUCCAGGCGGUCGUUGGCGGCAAGGCCGGCAAGGUUCCCUUUGACAAGCUGCGCAAGAUUACACCCGAACUGCUCGAAGAGGAACGCAAGCAGCGGGAGAAGGAGAUUGAAGAGGCGUACCGCCAAGAAGAGGAGCAGCUCAAGCAAGAGAUGGAGCGCAUGAAACUCGAGAACCAGGCCAAGUCCAGCCAAGGCACGUCUGAGGCAACUGGCGGGGCCACGUCUGAGGAAGUGACGAAAUACGAGAAGGAGAUUGAUGAGAAGUUCGAGAGCGAGCGGCAAGCGCUGCUGGAGGAGGAGAAGCGGCUGAAGGAGGAGGCGGCCCGCCUCGAGGAGAUGAUGCGCGCACUCGACGAGGACGACUAGACGCCGCAACCACACCACACACACACACACACACACACACACCCACACACACACCCACACACACACA